CUGUCACGUAAUUAGUGUGCGCAUGCGCAUUAUAUUUGCGACAUAUUUUAACUUUACACUGUAGGCAUUGAGUGUACAAACUAAGAAGGGUGAUGAAGAUGCGAGUUUAGGAGUCGUGAUAUCGCCACCCCCGUUAUGACUGCGUUGGUGUCUAGAAGGUGACAUAAUCUAGUUCAGAAAUGGCGUUUAUAAAUCGUUUCCUUGUGUUAUUGUCUGUAUUUUAUUCCGUUGACUGUUUACGUUGUUAUACAUGUAGCGGUGAGAGCAGUAACAGUGAUUGCAGUGCUGUGGAACAUCUAGUGGAAUGUGAUAGAACACAGGAUGCAUGUCUCACAAGUGUAAUCUGGUCAAGUGUGGAUGGAAAAACCAUUACAAAAUUUUGUUACUGGCAAGUCGAGUGUCCAACUGCAUUGCAGUCACCUUGGCCGUGUGAUACCCGAGAGAAUGCAUGGGCGUGUGGUUCGUGCUGCACUGAUAAUGAUUGUAACUAUAGCGACACAUCUGCAGCUUUCAAAAACUUUGGUCACAGCUUUAGUAUUUUUGUGUUGAGUGUACUUUGUUUAUUUUGUGUUCUGUGAGUGCUUCAACAGUAGGGUAGUGCCCAAAUAACGACCCUCUCUACAAAUCAUGAUUCAGGAAGUUGUUUGCUUCCAACAAACGAAUUAAAAAAUAAAACUGGAAUAGCACUGGACACAUUUAUAACAUAGGGUGCUGGAAUAAUUUUACAAGGUUUUGUUCAAGCUUUCUUAUCACAGAAAAGUCACAGCGAAGUGAAGCAAACUUUGAUUGACUGCACAUAUUUUAUGCGCUAAACAACUUUGUAUUAUAGUUUUUUGCUAAGAUUUUGUAAUCACAACAAAAAUGUUAUUUAAAGAAAUUACUGCAAUACAAUUCAAUGGUUAGAGUUUUGUGACAAAAUGAAGACAUAAUUCCAUGCUGGUGGUCUAAUUGAUUUAGGAGCAAUCAUUAAAUAGUUUUUCUUUGAAUGUUUUGCAACCCAACCCAACUCUGCCAUGAUAUAAACUGGUCUUCUGCGUGACGACCUCUAUUUAUUAGAUAGCCGUCCAGUCGAUAUACUUGAAGUUGUCCAUUUACACCAAUGCAAUAAAGUAUACUGUAUAUCGGCAAGUUUUUAUGGCAUAUACAGUAUGUUUUACUCAAUAUUUUAUGAUCAGCUAGAGUCCAAAAAAAAAUCUAAUUCAUCUGUGGAGAUUCAUACAGAUAUUGGUGGAGGUCAAGAAUUUUUUUGCCAUUUAAAUUUUUGCGUUUCACAUGGUUCAGUUCAUCCAACGAAUGAGCACAGAUGUAUGCCAACAUCCAAUGAAUGAGCACAGAUGUACGCCAACAUUCAAUGAAUGAGCACAGAUGUACACCAACAUCCAAUGAAUGAGCACAGAUGUAUGCCAACAUCCAAUGAAUGAGCACAGAUGUACACCAACAUCCAAUGAAUGAGCAGAUAUAUGCCAACAUCCAAUGAAUAAGCAAAGAUGUACACCAACAUCCAAUGAAUGAGCACAGAUGUACACCAACAUCCAAUGAAUGAGCAGAUAUAUGCCAACAUCCAAUGAAUGAGCACAGAUAUGUCAACAUCCAAUUAGACGUUAAAAUUCCAAUGAAUGAGCACAGAUGUACACCAACAUCCAAUGAAUGAGCACAGAUAUAUGCCAACAUCCAAUGAAUGAGCACAGAUGUACACCAACAUCCAAUGAAUGAGCACAGAUAUAUGCCAACAUCAAAUGAAUGAGCACAGAUGUAUGCCAACAUCCAAUGAAUGAGCACAGAUGUACGCCAACAUCCAAUGAAUGAGCACAAAUGUACGCCAACAUCCAAUGAAUGAGCACAGAUGUACGCCAACAUCCAACGAAUGAGCACAGAUGUAUGCCAAUAUCCAAUGAAUGAGCAGAUGUAUACCAACAUCCAAUGAAUGAGCACAGAUAUAUGCCAACAUCCAAUGAAUGAGCACAGAUGUAUACCAACAUCCAAUGAAUGAGCACAGAUGUACACCAACAUCCAAUGAAUGAGCACAGAUGUACACCAACAUCCAA